CAGGAGUUCCGCGCUUGGCUGGUAGAGCAGCGCCGCCUAGACCCGGACGCCAUUCCUCGCGAUAAGGUCAAGCGGGAGUUUGCAACCUUCGUCGAGGACUUCAAUACCGCCACGCUGCCUCACGAGAAGUACUACAAUAUGGCGCAGCAUCAGGCUCGGCAGGCUGCGAUGAGGAACGGGGAGACGGCUGUUGAGCCGCUGAAGUACGAUCCAAGGGCUGAUGAGAAGGCUCACGUCGCGCGACUCAGGGCCACACAUGUGCCCGAUGAGGCCGAUCUAACGCGAGAAGAGAUCGUCGAGCUCAGGCGGCUGGAAAGGGAGCGGGUCGAGGCGUCCAAGCGCCGUCAGCUUGGCCUGGAAAUACCCAAGAAUCUCGGCGUGCGGACCGUAGAAGUACCCAUCGAGACCUGGCAGGAUCCCAAUCUCUUCCAUUCCUAG